AUGUCGCACCGAUCUUCUUCAAACAGUACGGCGUUGGAGAAGUUUCCCGAUGUACCGGACGAUCUACCUGACAUUAGUCCUACAACAUCGGCGCCAAUUCCCAAGUCUACCCCCAGUAUAAGCGCACCAUUUGCUACAUCUUCGGAGAGUCCACAAGAUAGAACUAGGGCGCACCGUGGUUCACACCGUAGCUCACACGUCAAGAUUUCAACUCCUCGACAAUCUGCUGAGCAUAAUCUUGCACCAGUUUCGCCGAUUUCUGCAUUCAGACGACGUAUGACUAGAUCGAAUACGUUCCUGACUGUAGAAGAGUUUGAAGAGUUUGAAAGCCAGCCAGGUUGGAAGCCGGGUGCUGAACCAGGUGUUGACCCUUCAAAGCCCGAUGGUGGUCAAGAUACGGUACCCACUCUUCACGCAGAGUGUCAAAUAACAGUUGUCGACUUCUCUCAAGACAAUUUGGAGAUACAUGAGCUGGACAAUCAUCAACUUAUCGAUUUUGUCCAAAAGCCACAACCUAGUUGGGUAAAAUGUCGAUGGAUCAACGUCAAUGGUCUAUCAUGGGAUGUCAUUCAAGCCUUAGGUCAAUACAAAGACCUACAUAGAUUGGCAAUUGAGGAUAUCAUGAACACAAGGAAUCGCACCAAAGCUGAUUGGUAUACUAAUCAUGCUUUCAUUGUUCUCACGUGUCAGAAGCUGGUCCGCAUAGUAGAGGAUGACAGCAGUGACGACGACAGCAGCGAUGACGAAAAGGGUGUGAAAACGAGAGGCAAGAAGGCUAGGCAAUGGUUCCGCAGAAAAUCUGAGAAUUCCAUGAAAGGCGAUACCGCGCUUGAGAGUGGCACAAAGUCAACGUCCACACCAGUUCAAAGCUUUGCACAUCAACCGACUAAUCUCUCCAAUGUCUUCAACCCAAACACUCUACGUACAUUACAGAGAUAUCAUGCUUCGCCAAACUCUGCAAGAACAGAAUACAUGGAGAAGAACUCGGCUUUGAUCUCCAGAGGCGUAGCGGUCACUGCUGAGCAAGUUGCUAUGUUCAUAACCUCGGAUAACACAGUAAUUGCCUUCUUUGAGCAGUCGGCCGAUGAUGUAGAGAAGCCUAUACUGGCUCGGUUAGCAAGCCCAACUACAAUCCUAAGGAAAUCUUGUGACGCGUCAAUGGUUUCGCAGGCCAUUAUUGACGCAAUAAUCGACAUGGCUAUACCAGUUACCGCAUGUUACCGGGAUGUUAUCGAGGAUCUGGAGCUUGACUUUUUCAUAAGUCCCAAGGUCACCGACACCAAGUAUCUUUACAUCGUGAUCUCCGAAGUCAGCAAAUUGUACAGUCUCAUCAACCCAAUUCAAACGCUUAUCAGUGCGCUCCGCGACCACAAGACGAAGUUGAGCCAGGAAGCCACAGCGCGGGAACUGCAGAAUCCCAACGGAGGGGUUAUCAUCUCACCGCUGACUUGCACCUACUUGGGCGAUGUGUACGAUCAUUGUGUUCUCAUCACGGAAGGUCUCAAUCAGAUCAAAGAGUUGGCUAAUCACAUGAUUAACCUCACCUUUAAUACUGUUACAACGAACCAAAAUGAGAACAUGAAACAGUUGACCACCGUUACCAUCAUAUUCCUGCCGUUAACAUUUUUAACUGGAUACUUUGGUCAGAACUUUGGUGACUUUGAGCCGAUCAAAGGCUCUGUUUCCUACUUCUGGUGGAUUGCAGUUCCCGUUAUGUUAGUAACAAUCCUAGUCUUGAUGCGAGACACGAUAUUUGCCUGGGCGGUUAGGUUCCGACAGCGAAGACAUGUUAGAACUAUCAGGAGGAAGCAGGAGGCUAAGAGGGUGCGGACACGUGCCAUGAUGAUCAAAAGAGCACAAUCUCGAUUCUAG